UCCGCAGCGUUGUUGUAGCGUUCAUUGAAGGAAGUGCUAAAAAGAGUGCCAUAGAGGAGAGAGGACUCCAUUCGGACGUAGAACGGCACAGGGUCCGGAAUCGGAAAGGUGCGUUGCCGGAGAAGUGGGGGUGUGAAGCGGGACACAUCUGCCUCCCCAUGCAGAGGUCCAGAUCUGCGAGUUCGAGCAGUGUCCGCUGCGGAUGCCAGUAUUUUCAGAGCACUGACCCACUCCCGGAGAGGCGAUCUUUGGUCGGGACCCCACCGCUAAGCCGAACGCCAACCAUGGGAGACCACGAAUACGAACCAAUCAAUCCGAAAGAACCUCCACCUCCUCCUGUCCUCAACGUUAGCGAACUAGAAUCAGAGCCUCGUCCUGCAACACCAAGAAAAUUGUUCGAGAGAAGGUACAUAAAGAUACCGAAUGAAAAUGCCGUCAUCAUCCCUUUACACGGUGAUUCCGAUGAGGAAAUCAAUCCUGAUAGGUAUGAAAACAAAGAACUGACAGUGCAUGAGGUACAACGAAAAGCCGAAGAUUAUUAUCCUGAGGAAAGGGCGGAUGUCAGAGAGCGCACACCAGAAAUUACAAUAACCGUAAGCCAACCCGAUUCGCCUGGACCCGAGUCACUUCCAUUGGAAAAGACGUCCAGGGGAAUGCGGACCAGGCUUAGAUCACAAGCCGGCGAAUUUAGGGAGAAGCUCCGUAAAAUAUCAGCUCCAAAGAUAUCAUUACCUGAGCGGCCAAAAAUGAAAUUUCCUGAUCGCCCUAAAAUACAUUUUCCAGAUCGGCCUAAAAUUCAUUUCCCAGAUCGGCCACAGUUUCUGAAAGAAAAGCCAAAAUUUCUCUCAGAAAAGCCAAAAUUUCUCACCGAAAAACCGAAAUUUCUCUCAGAAAAGCCAAAGUUUCUUACAGAAAAGCCGAAAUUUUUAACGGAAAAACCGAAGUUUUUGAGCGAGAAGCCUAAGUUUCUGACCGAUCGCCCAAAGUUCAAUUUUCCAGAUAGGCCUAAAUUUAAAAUGCCCGAAAGAUUUUCCUUCGAUAGGCAUACAAAGAAACCAUCUGGUCCAAAGCAAAAAAGGCCAAACCCGAGCAGUUUGAGGAGGCCCUUAAGAGAUACUGUAACUGUAACAUCUUCAGACUCUUCAAAACAUUUAUUUCAUAAUUUUCGCUUUAAAACCUACCCUAGGUUCCUUACUAGGAAGAAAAGGGAGCGUGAAAGAGCCCAACAAUUAGCAGGGACCAGUUUAGACACUGAAAGCAGUCCUUCAACACCACCGAACAGGCGUAAGGUUCACAGCGAGAAAUGGGUUGAAACAUUCAGAGAUAUAAAGUUCGCUGAUGAUGAAGCCAGUAUGGAGCCUAAAUUGGACACCCAAGAUGAGGAAGGCUAUGAAGAAAAUACUGAGCCUUUCCACGAUUCUUACAUUACAGGAGCGCUCCGUUUAGGCGAGGAGCCGGUGAAAGCGAAAAUGGACAGUUCAAGUGAUGUUAUGGAUUCUGACAAAGAACAGCAAAGUUCUGGAAGUGAGUCGAUGAGAAGAAGAGCUGGGGUGCUUGAAGAAAUUGACUCUGAUGAGUUCUUUUUAAGGCAAAAAGGUUUGAGCAGGGAAGAUAUGGAUGUGAGCAGAUACCUUUCAAAAGAAAUAAGAGAUGCUUUUAGAUCACCCAAAAAUGCAUUGGCUCAUAUGGAUUCGACGGAUUACGAUGACGAAGGACCGCCUGUGAAUAUGAGAUUUGAUGAAAUACCCAAACCUCCUGAAAGGAAAAAAUCGGUCAAGUCCGUUCACUCUGAAAAAGAAAUUGUCGACUCUGGCUUCAACACGUUUCCUCUGAGGCCGAACAGAAGGAAGCAGAGUGAGCCGGAUUUUGGAUCGAAAGAAUUUGAAGAGAUUAGAAAACCGCCACGAAAAUACAGAUCAAAAUCGGAUACUAGGCAGAGGUCUACACCGAGCCUUGCUAGGUCACGAAGCCAGGGGAUCGAAGCCCAAAACGGAACUCCCCUUCCUGCUAAAAGGAGGAAAAGUUCCAAAAGCCUGAGCAAAAGUGUUCAGGAAAGUACUGGAGACAUGCGUAUGGAAGAUGUGCAUAGAGAGAUUGAUGCACACGAACAGUAUAGGGAACCAAUUGUACCAUUCAGAAAAUCAAGAUCCAGGGGGACUUCUUUGGCCGAUGAGGACAGGACGUCUAGAGGAGCUGAUUCAACUGAUCUGCCUCAUGAUGAUAGAUAUUUUCACGAUGAACCUGUACAGAUAGCCGAUGACGGUGUGGUGACGGCUGUACCUGUGGAUGUUGUUCCACUGGCAUCUGCCCCUACUGAAGACAGUUUUGGAUAUGCAGUGGUUAUGAAAGAAAAAAAAGCUAAGCCAGUUCCUCCCAGACCACCUCCUCCGCCCACGAGGCAUAGAAACCAAUUUCAGCAAUUGCAAUCACAGUUGCACACUAUUAAAAAUCAAGGUGUGAACUUCUUUUUUACCUAUCCAAGGAGGGCGAUAAAAUCUUUACACAAAACUCCGGUGAGACCUACUAGAAACUAUAGCACAUUAGGGCCUUCAAGACCACCAAGAAGAACUAGAGUAUUCAGAGAGCCGGUGUAUGUCGAUGGCGAUGAACCCGGUGAUUUAGAGGGGGUUGAAAAUAAAGAAGACAAGCACGAGGAUGUAAGAGAUCUUCAAAGUGGUGAAGUUGUUGAAAGGAUUCAAGGAAGGCCGUUACCUCCUCCACCUAGACCGCCAAGAAAAACGAAAGAGGAUGAAAAUAUGCUGCAAUGCAUUUCUGAUCAAACAGACACACUUAAAGAAAACCAAGAAAAUGUAACUGACCCUGAAGAACUAACUGUAGAAAGCUACUUAAAAUCCAAACAGGAAGACUUUUUACUCAAUUCCUUAGGUAAAUUUAUACCUUUGAGCACAUUUGAAGAAAAAGAUAAACCCUUGGAAACCAUAAAUACUAGCCAGCAGACUUCAUUUGAAGUUGCUGAAGUAUCAGUUUCUAUUCAGACAGAUCCUCUCCCUGACGGUUUUAUUGUAGACGACAUCCAAAGUGAAUUUGAUGGCACUUCACAGAAAAGUGCAACGAGCAAAACUUCAGAACAGAGGCAAACACCUAUUUCUCGGCAAACUUUCAGAGAGAGCAGUAUAGAAAGGGAAUUAAUACCACAAAUAGAAAGAGUGCUUCCUCUUCAAACUGAAAAUUUACCUACGCGGCGAGAUUUGAGCAGUGAAAUUGAACAGAAAAGUUGUAAAUAUAGAGAAGAAUCAACUCCGUCAUUACAAGAAAGGGGCUUUCCUUCUCUUGAGCUGCACAAUCUUCCCACAUUCCCAGUUUCAUUCCCUGAUAAACUUCAUUUAACUGAGUUAGACGUUGACAAAUUAAAUGUCCAUGAAUUGCAGGCGAGUAAACUUCAGGUUUUAGACAUUGAAUCAACGACUCUCCAAGUCACGGAGUUAAAUAGUAAAGGUGGUAAUUUAGUAGUUAAUGGAAUAGAAUUGCCACCAGAUUUUUUAAAAAAUUUAGCCGCUCAAUUCCCAGUCCCCCCUGCUCCUCAGCCGCAACCAUUGCACACUGAAUCACCUCAGCCUGUGCCGCAAAUUCGAAGAGUGUUAACUCCACCCCCACCGAUAAUAGUUCAGCAUUCACCGUCAUUGUACGAAGUAGCUCAGCCGCAGCCUUCACAAGCUAGCACGACUGACCAAUUGCCGAAACCUAAAACGACCAAAAGCAAAGGAAGAAAAUCACCGACGAGGGUCAUUGACGACUCCGAAGAUGAAUUGGCAUCUGUUAUGCCCGAACGAGAAAAAAGGGAAAGGUUAGCAACGCUAAAAAAAGACAAAGAAAGUGAAAAAGAAAAGCCUACUACACCUUCAUUACCUCAGAUACAAACAUCAUUAUCAGAACCUUCUGCAUUGACUCUAAUCAGACAACUUUUGUCCAUUUGGCUAAGGAACAUCUGCGAGGGGACAGGUUCAUUUAUAGAAGGCAUCAACUCGAUGUUUCCAGAAGGCGACAAGAGGAGAGACGCUCAAACUGCAGCUGUAAUCUUGGUUGUACUUGUCGCCGGUUUAAUUUUAGUAGGAUUUGGAGUAGAUAACUCAGUUCAUCAUCACCACUGGGAUUACUUACCCCCGCGUUAAUUUAUCAGUUUUAUUAUUGUAAAUAAAGUGAAUUUUGUACAUACCAACAAAGGUAAAUAAUUGCAUUUCUUGAUGUUACCUGCCUUCAAAAUUCAAUUGUGAAAAAUUGUAAUUUCAGCAGUAUCUAAAGGUGGAUUAAAUGUUGAUUAUUGUUGAUUGUAAUUGUUUUGUAAAUAAAUUAUUAUGUUCAA